AUGAAGAAGAAAACUGUACUGAGCAAUUUACAACCAAGCUCCCUCCUUUUUUCCCUUUAUUUCUCCCUUUCUGCUGAUGGCUUUCCAGAGACCGAUCUGAAGGUCACUGGGAUUGACUUUCUCAAGAGCAAGAACUGUCCCCAGCACCACACAGAUGCCUACAACAUCACAAACCUGGUGGUGCGGCGUGGGAUGCCCUUUGACCUCCAAAUCAGCUUCAGCAGGGAGCUGAAGCCCUCUGACAAGCUGGCGCUGCGCUUUGGCAUCGGUGAAAAGCCAAUGAAGAACAGGGGGACCCUGAUGUCACUGAACCCAAGGAGGGAGCCAGAUCUCAGUGGCUGGAAAAUCUCCAUCGCCAAGAAAAGUGGCAAAGAGUGUCUGCUGUCUGUCACCAGCUCACCCAGUGCCCCGGUGGGAAAGUACACCCUGAAUGUGAAAACUGGGACUAACAUUUACAAGCCUGAGAACAGUGAGGUCUACCUGCUGUUCAACCCUUGGUGUGAAGGUGAUGCUGUCUUCCUGGAUGAUGAUGCCAAGAGGAAGGAGUAUGUGCUCAAUGACACAGGCAUCAUCUACGUUGGCUCUGCAAACAGCAUCUACAGCAGACCCUGGAACUUUGGGCAGUUUGAGGAGUCCAUCUUGGAUGCCUGCAUGUAUCUGCUGGACAAAAGUGAACUCAAGCUGGCCAAGAGAAGAGAUCCUGUGAUUGUGUCCAGAGUCAUGUCUGCUUUGGUUAAUGCCAACGAUGACAGUGGAGUCCUGCUGGGGAACUGGUCAGGCAAUUACAGCAAGGGCACCUCCCCCAUGGACUGGAUCGGCAGCGUCUCCAUCCUGCAGCAGUUCUACAAAAACAAGAAGCCAGUCCUCUAUGGGCAGUGCUGGGUCUUUGCAGGAGUCCUCACCACUGUCAUGCGCUGCCUGGGCAUCCCCUCGCGCUGUGUGACCAACUUCAACUCCGCGCACGACACCGACGACAACCUGCGGGUGGAUGUCUACCUGAACGAGUACGGCGAGAAGAUGAACUCCAUGUCCUUCGACUCAGUCUGGAACUUCCAUGUGUGGAAUGACGCCUGGAUGAAGCGGACAGACCUGCCAUCGGGGUUUGAUGGCUGGCAGGCCAUCGAUGCCACCCCUCAGGAGCAGAGUCAAGGCAUUUUCCAGUGCGGGCCGUGCCCGGUGAAGGCUGUGCGAGAGGGCAGCGUGUACCUGCCCUACGACGGCACCUUUGUGUACGCCGAGGUGAACGCUGACCAGAUCUACUGGCUGGUCAGGGAGGUCAACGGCCGCCAGAAGAUCACCAAGCUCAGCAGCGAGACGCGCGCCAUCGGCGUCAACAUAAGCACCAAGGCCGUGGGGCAGGACAAGCGCGAGGACAUCACCUCUGAGUACAAGUUCCCUGAAGGCUCUGAGGAGGAAAGGAAGUCCAUGCAGAAAGCUUCCUCCUUCAUCCGCCCUGCCACGCUGAUCCCUCGCGCACACUACGCUGCUGGGCAGGUCAUGCCUGUGGAGAACAGCUCUGAGCUGCUGCAGGACACCAUCUCCAAAACUGGGCUGCAGAUUGAGAUCACCAAUGUGGCACCUUUGUAUCCUGGCAGCCCCCUUGAGCUGGCCAUCACUGUGAAGAUUGCUUCUCCUGGCACCUGGGCCAUCAACCUCGUUGGCUCCUGCCAGCUGCAGUCCUACACUGGGAAAAUUGAGGGUAACCUUGGAUAUGUCAAGGAGACCAUCCAGCUGGAAGGGCAAUCUGAGAAGCAGAUCCCUCUGAAGAUCAUGCCUGACACCUACCUGAGCAUUCUGGCUGCAGUGGAAGACGAAGUGCUGGUCCACGUCACUGCCUUUGCUGAGGUGCAGGGCGUGGAUGACAAACUCACCAAGGAGGUGACAAAGAGAUUCGACUACCCACCCAUCACCAUCCAGAUGCCAGAAAGAGCCAAACUGAAUGAGGAUUUCACCUGUGCCUUCAUCUUCAAGAACAAGCUGAACAUGGCCCUGGACAACUGCAAGCUAAUGGUGGAGGGCUUGGGCCUGUUUAAGAUGACAACAUUUGAUCAGGGGGAUUUACCGCCUGGCAGGAUCAUGAAGUCUGAAAUAAUUUGCAAACCAACCAGAGUAGGAGAGAAGAAAAUAGUGGCCAAGCUGAGUGCCACCCAAGUCAAAGGCAUCUCAGCAGAGAAGUCCAUCACCAUCUUCGAGUAGCAGCAGUGCU